AUGCCAGACGGCGGUCCGCAGGUGCGAUUCCAGGGCUGCACUCAUCGCCCAGAAUGGUUGCAAAUAACCGGUGCUGACGACAGCAGUCUGGUCUGGCUGAACUAUGGCCUGAACACCCGAGAGUGGAUAACCCUACAUCGGGAAAGCUCGGGCCCGGGACAGACAUGGACCUUUGCCGUCGACGACGGAUCCCUAGAGGAGUUGAGGUCAAGUCCAUUGACUACUUUGGCUUCGGCCAGGUCCCAGUGGUCUGAAGACAAUCUUCAACGGGCCCUUAGUGCAAUAGCCAAUGGUGAAUCAAAGAAUGCAGCCUCUAAGAGAUUUGAAAUAUCAAGAAGAACUCUUAAUCGUUACCUAAGCAAAGGAACAAACAAAAAACAAAAACUUGGAAGAAGAACUCUUUUAGGACUAGAUGAGGAAACUGAACUGGAAACAAGAAUUGAAAGGUUGGCUGACAUAGGUUAUCCUCUUACGAAACGAAUGCUGGUCGCUGCUGGCUUUAUUUCUGCUAGUCGAGCGCAGAGUAUGAACCCGGCAAGAGCUCAAAAGCUCAACAAAUUCAUCGUUACCGACUAUUUCAAUAAGCUCAAAAGUGUACUGUUGGAACUGGAUUUAAUGGAUAAACCAGGAACAUGGUCAUGUUCAAGUGGCACUUCAGAUGAUGACGAUAUGUCUCUCUACAGUGACACGUUGUCAGAAACUUUUACUUCAGAAGAAGAGCGAGACAGAGAAAAUCAAAAAUCCGAAAAUUCUAAAGAGAACAAAGGCAAGGAGGCAAAAUUAUGUUUAAGAAGAGGUAAUGAAGCACAGCAAACGCUAAGUAUCACAACUCAACAACGACUGAAACACCUAGAAAAAGAAUUAACGAGCAACACAGAAGAUGAAGAAAAUCCCAAAGAAGCGAAUGAUCAAGAGAGGCGUCCGAGAUCAACCACCGCCACGAAAGAAGCUACGAGCGCUACAAAAAGCAAAGCUUCCACAGCAACUAAACAAGCUACCAGCCGACAACCUAAUACCAGAGACAUUACAAAUCAAACUACUAGCCAAGAUACUUUAACAUAG